AUGCCAUUCCCCAUCGGCAAGGAUCCUUCGGAAGCGGCUGCGCUGGGCCCAGUCCUGCAGCGACAUCGGGUGGUUUGGGCGAGUGCUGCUCUGGUUGCAGCGACGCCCCCGACCGCUCCCAGGAUUCUCAACAACGUCAUCGGGCUAUCAUCGGGGCGAGGGACCUCCGUGGUCAGCUCCGACGCCCCAACUGGCCCCCACCUCGAAGUCAGCGCCCGCGAAGACGACGACGACGACAGUGACUGGGGCGAGGACGAGUGGCCCCUGGAGCCCCCCCUACCCCUGCCGGAGUGGGGUGCGAGCGCCCCGACCUCAAGUUCUCCAGCCUCCAACACAAACUACGGUUUUGUGGCGAGGGUGACCCGGGUCCUCCACUCGCCCUCGACACCCACUGCUACGACAGUUUCUCCAACUUCCUCGCCUUUAGUAAGGAAUACCUAGCGUCUCAAGAGGAAUAUGACGAUCUGAAGGAAUUCUACCGUGACUACGACCCCCCACUCGUGCCGGUCGCUACACCUGCGUCGGGUUA